AUGGCUGCCCCAAGGAGUGUUCAACGCCUACAGCAGACGCUGUCGCAUGUACAGCCAGUCUCGGCUCCUGCUCCGACUCAGUGGUCCAUUGUUGCGGGGCCAACUCAGCCCGCACUGUUGGAUAUUACCCUCGGUGAACUAUUGACAAUUCAGGCACUCCAGUAUGCCAAUUAUGAGUGUUUGGUAUUUCCAUGGACUGGAGCCCGUUGGACAUAUGCCAACUUGAAGGAGGAAGCUGAACGCCUUGCGCGUGGUAUGCUCGCAAUGGGGAUUCAGAAGGGUGAUCGUGUGGGUAUUAUGGCAGGCAAUUGUGAACAGUACAUCUCUGUCUUCUUUGCUGCUGCCCGUGUUGGUGCUAUCUUGGUGGUUUUGAACAACACAUAUACCCCGUCUGAGCUGUACUAUGCUCUUGACCACUCAGGCUGCAAGUUACUUUUCAUGACACCACACAUUGGCCGCCACAACCUGGAAGAAGUCCUGAAUGAGCUAGGCCCCAAGCCUAUGGAGAGCGGAACCUCAAAGUCCCUGGAGGAGAUCGUGAUUCUGCGUAACACAUACCAAGAUUUCCCGACCUACGACGAUGUCAUUGCUCGCGGUGCCUCGCAAGCCGCACAUGUUCUCCAGGACCGCGAAGCUGAAUUGCGACCAGAUGACGUCUGCAAUCUCCAAUUCACCAGUGGCUCGACGGGUAACCCCAAGGCUGCUAUGUUGACUCACCACAACCUGGUCAACAACUCACGGUUCAUCGGCGACCGAAUGAAGCUCACCUCAUUCGAUAUCCUCUGCUGUCCUCCACCACUGUUUCACUGCUUCGGGCUGGUCCUAGGCAUGUUAGCAGUAGUGACACACGGAUCCAAGAUUGUUUUCCCUAGUGAGACAUUCGAUCCCAAGGCAGUGAUGCACGCGAUUUCCGACGAAAAGUGCACCGCUCUCCACGGCGUCCCCACUAUGUUCGAAGCUAUCCUCAGCGUUCCCAAGCCCGGUAACUUCGACAGCUCUAAUCUGCGCACCGGUAUCAUCGCCGGAGCCCCCGUUCCACGACCUUUAAUGAAGCGCCUCUUCGAGGAACUGAACAUGACCGAAUACACCAGCAGCUACGGACUUACCGAGGCUUCACCCACCUGCUUCAAUGCCUUCACAACGGAUAGCAUCCACACCCGAUUGACGACAGUCGGAAAGGUGCUCCCUCAUGCGCGCGCGAAGAUUGUCGAUGCGAAGGGCAAUAUCGUUCCGAUCGGACAGCGCGGCGAGCUCUGCAUGGCUGGGUACCAGCUUACCAAAGGAUACUGGAACAAUCCGGAAAAGACAGCCGAGACACUGGUGACAGAUUCAGACGGGACGGUGUGGUUGAAGACCGGUGACGAGGCCUCGUUCAAUGAACAGGGCUACUGCACAAUUACUGGACGAUUCAAGGAUAUUAUCAUCCGCGGUGGCGAAAAUAUCUACCCCCUCGAAAUCGAAGAACGUUUAACCGCGCGCCCAGACAUUGACCUUGCCUCUGUUAUUGGUAUUCCCGACGCGAAAUACGGCGAAACUGUCGGCGCAUUCAUUCAAUUAUCUGCGGGACAGACCCGACCCACCGAUGAAGAACUCCGAGGCUGGACACGCGAAACGCUUGGUCGUCACAAGGCACCACAGCAUGUAUUUGUGUUUGGAGAGGAAGGAGUUCCCAGUACAGUUCCGGUAACGGGAAGCGGAAAGGUCCGGAAGGUGGAAUUGCGGCAGAUGGCGACCGAGGCUUUGGCUAGACGGGUGAGGCAAGCCCAAGCGUGA